UGAAAACUGAGGGGAUAAAUUUAAAAUAGAAAAGCUUUGGAAUUUAUGUUGUUCUUCGUCUGGUCAUGAAAUUUCUGACCAACUAAGUGAAGCCUUUCUGCCUUCCUUUUGUUUGAAAUUACCGAAGUAGACUAAUACAUUCUCGUUAGUUCGUUAGUGCGCGCAUUCUGUCGUCAUGAAUCCAGAACAGCUUGCAUUGCUCAAGGAGUUCGUUUCGUUGCUGAAAAAGAAACCUGAAGUUCUCGCUACACCGGAAUUGUCAUUUUUUAGAGAAUGGCUUUCGAGUAUCGGAGCAAAUAUUCCAAGUUCACAAACUAGUCGCCCUGCUUCAACACCGCUUUCAGAAGUGGAUUCGGGAGCAGAUGAGACAUCUGAGUCUGAAAUAGAGUUUGACGACGAGGUGUUGUCACUGGAAGUUGUUCAUGGUCUAGAGAUGGGUGAUGAGGGGAUUGAAGUAACUGAUGAGAUGCUCGACCAAGCUGAGGAGAAAAAAAGCGAAGCUAUGGCUAAAAUGUCCGCUGGAGAUUUCAGUGAAGCUGUCAGCCUGUUUACUGAGGCCAUCAAACUCAACCCACAGUCAGCACUUUUUCAUGCUCGGCGUGCAAGCAGCUGCUUUAUAAAAAUGAAUAAACCAUCUCACGCCAUCACCGACUGUGAUAAAGCUAUCUCCCUCAAUCCUGAUUCUGCACAGCCAUACAAGUGGCGGGGAUUCGCUAAUAAGAUGGUUGGGAAUUGGGAAGCUGCGUACUCUGAUCUGCAGACAUCUUUAAGGUUGGAUUAUUCAGAUGAUGCUUAUGAAGCAAUGAAAGAAGUCGAACCAAAGCACAAACGAAUCUUUGAGCAUAACAUGAAGUAUGAACGUAAGCGACAGGAGAAAUUGGAUCGCGAAAAACGUGACCGAAUUCGGAAAGCACGCGAGGAACGUGAACGUGCUCAGAAAGAAGCAGAAAAGGAUAACUUCGGGAUGCCAAACAACGGUGAUAUGCCAGGGAUGGAUAAUGCUUUUUCACAACUGUUCAACGAUUCAGAACUAGUGUCAGCACUUCAGGUAUUUGGUAUAUGAUCUUUGUCAUUCACUUGGUGUUAUUUAAAUCUACUUCAGGUAUAUCUGUUAGUGACAUAUAAACGGCGUUCAUCAGAAGUUUAAAUUGUACUCAGUUAAGUGCCUUCAUGCUGCUUAUGCGUUCACGUAGUGGUGGAUAUUAUGUCACUACCUGUCUGCACCAGAAAAAUCAACGAAAAUUCAAGUUAACUGUUUGAUGUGAAUAGAAUAAGACAAACUGUAUGAUACCUAAGCUGCCACCGGUAGCUACUCAAUCCGUGAAUGUAUACGAUUAUAGAAUUAUGUCUUACUGGUUACUGGUGUAUUGAGGCUGAACAUCUAAGUCAGGAAGUCUUGCAGCCCAACCUGAUGUAGGUUUAGGUACCGGGUUAUGGACUACAUUUGUUUUGUAGGGGCUCGUGAUACUGCCCUGUUACCCAGGCUAGAGUAGGUAAGUUCAGGUUUAAACGUGGUAUCCGUUGGUUGAAAUCGAGUUCCUUGCCAUUUAAGCACCCUUAUGGUGGUUUUUAUACACCGAAACGGCUACAAACCAUACUGGCCAGGCUAAAUUACUCCAUUAAGGUAUGUGCACAAAUGUGACGGUCUGUCUCCUCAACGGUACGUAAAACAUCGGGAAGCAGUGUUGCUUAAUUUUUCAACUCAGCGACACGAAGUCAACAAACGUACAGUAAAAUCAAAUUGGUAUUCAAAAAUAAAUAGUAAUGUCAACCAACCUGACUGAAGUUUAUGUUUCUAACUAUGAACCAAGCUUGUUGUAUGAAGGUCUGUGAUGCUCUCCGGUUGUCAUCAUCAAAGAUGGGGUGGAAUUUGGUCACGGUACUCAUUACUUCAUAGUCGAAUACAACAUUUGGUUGUUUAAGGUCUUCAGCUUCUUUCCUUCCGUACUUCAUAGUUGAGUACCACGCUUCCAGCCUUCAGCAAAAGAUGGGAUAUGAAUAGCUUAGCAACCAAACAGUAAGGUUGCUUCAAAUGCUCAACUCUAUAGAUUUUCUCACCCAAAGACUCCCAUAUUUUAUGAAUCCAGGUUGUGAGUUUUUAUACCGGAAAUGUUUUUCAUUAAAUCAGGCCUUUAGUAACCUUUUUAUAUGGGUUAUGCAUACAUUUUCAUUGCAGGAUCCAGAGGUGAUGAAAGCAUUUAGUGAAGUGUGCUCGGACCCGGGUGCCAUGGAUAAAUACAAGGAUAACCCGAAAGUAAAAAAAAUCAUUGAAAAGAUGAAGAAUAAGUUUGGUGGUGGUGGUGGUAUGCCUGGUAAGUAAUGUUUGUCCACUGUCAUCUGUCUGAAUAUGAUAUCAGCUGAGUAGUUGUAAACAAAGUGAUUUUUGAUAAUACUAUGAUAAAAUCUAUUCGGUUUGCAAUGUAGGUGAGUUUGCUAACGUACAUACAUCUGUUUACUCUUACUUUUGUCUAGGUAAUUUGCUCUUGUCAGUUCCUAAUGCCUCUCUUGCUUAUGCGUUUGCAUGCACAACACCAUGUCCCAGCCACCUCAGUCGAUGAAGAUCCGAAAUCGCGUCAACUAUCUUAUCCCUCCCUUCUGAAACCAUUCUCAUGUUGUCACUCAAUGUGAUCAGAAAACUGCAUUUUGUCUUCACCUAACAGAAUUGUGUCAUCAAGGUAUUAUAGAUGUCAUAGAUUCUCGUGAUUAGACUCAUCCCUGUAAGGUCAGAUAAUGGGAGGGAGACCUGUUAAAAUUGAACACAGAGGGAAUGAGCAUCCUCGACGGGCACCACUUGAUGUAUUCAGCUCACACAACGACUCAUCAAGGGCUCUAGAAAGCCCAUGGGUGUUUAAGUAAAGGGCCUUCAACAAAGUGAUGUAUUUACUCGAUAGCCCUUUCAGUAAGAGAUUGUGCCACAAGACCUCUUGAUCGACGGAGUCGAAUGCUUUCUUCAGGCUGAGAAACACAGCUAGUGUCGGUCGUCAGUAAGUGUGCCCGUGUACCAGAACCUGGUCAAGUGAACAUUUGUCCAACACACCCACGGCCAGGUUUUCUUGUGUUUGCUGCUUUCGUGCUUCACUCAGGCGUCUAGUGAUUAUAGAACCUAGGAUCUUGGACACCAUGUUCAUCAGACUGAUUUCCUGUGGUUAUCACAGGAAGACUUCUUACUUUUUUUGAAGACUGGGAUAAUCAGUGGUUGAGAUCAGGUAGAGGUGAUCGUAUCUGACUCCCAAACACUGGUUAACACUUCAGUCAACUUGGCUAAAAAUCCCCUGUAAUUAGUCCGCCUGACUGCUACUUUUCCUCAUUCCAGGUUACCUACGGUAUUGUCGACUUCCUUAAGUGUCGGCGUCCUAUCUAUAUGUUCCAUUCAGGCCCCGACUAGAUAGCUGGCAACAAAGUAGUAGCUGAAAGUCUUUUGGAAUGUUUAGCCCAUCGUUUCCGUCGUCUCGUUUGUGAGUGAAUCAGGUCCAUCUUUCUCCACUAUGGUCUCACUAAUCAUUGACUUUUGGCCCCAAUUUCCUUAAUAAGUCUAAAUAACUGUCUACUGUUACCCGUCACUGCUGCCUUUUUCAUCUCUUUAGCUUUCAGUGUACACCACUUCGCGGUCAUUGCGUAGACUUGUCAUUACCUUUUGGUUGCAUUCGCUCUUCAUUGUACUCGGAGCCUGCAGGGUUGCGUUUGUGCGCAUCCACUAAUUCAGAAGAAGCUGCAGUUAUCCCCGGGCUCUCUUCGACCACUCUGUGACUCGGCUACGGUCUUCAUCGCUGUUUUUACAGCAAACCGGAGAUAGUGCCAAGCUUCUUCUGGGUCAGUGAUAUUUUUCACUUCCGAUAACUGUCCAGUCAGUUUCUCACUGAAAUCAGCCUUAGCGCCCUCAUUGCCGAGCUUCACUCGUAAUUGUCUUGUUGCUAACGUUUGCUUACGUCCAUUGAUUUUCAGACAUACGCGCUUGAACCAACGCAUCGCGGCUGUCCAAACGUUCUUCAGAAUAGGUGGCAGUCUUCCGAAAACCCUCUCCAGCGAUAACUGAUAGCAAUGUGGUCUAUUCGUGUCCACCGCUGGUUUGAAGUCAGUGGAUGCCACGGCAAACAAUUUCUUUGUUUAUGUCUGGCUAGAAAUAAGUGGUUAUCUGAUCACAUGUAGUAGGUGAUCACCGUUAUUUGUUCUUUCCGAUGGAAUCCUGAAAAUGUCACUUGAGUGCCUUUCUGCGUAACUUAGUCUUUCCAUUUACACAUCGAAAUCGUCUGUUACAAAUACAACAUUUGAGGAGCGCUUAGCUUUCUGUAUGAGGCUAGAUUCUUCUCUAGAGAACUUACCCUUCACUUCCUCCAAACUGCAAUCGGUGGGUGCUUAGAGAAAAAAUUACGAAGAGCCAACGGUGAGUUUCAUUACUCACUGUGCUGUUCAGUCGAACAGUGCGUAGGUGAUUGUCAACUGGAAUCCGAUCGGAUAGCUCAAUUUCUGCCUUUUUGCUCAGUGCCAUACCUGUACGUGUAGGACCGCGGAAACUAGCUGUCGAAUCUUCAGAAACUCGAAGGGGUGGAUUUUGAGGAUUCACCGUAAUGUCCAGGUAAGGUCCAGUGAAUAACUACACCUGCGUUAUGUAUGCGUAUCUCACAGACAUCCAUGUUCCAAGUUUAUGGAGCUGUGGGUAGUGAAGCUAGUUGGCCGAUUUGGUGGAGUAUACGGACAUUAAAAACUUCGAUAUGGAGUUUGAAGUGCGGUUUCAGGAGACCAAAAAUACUGUUCUAUGGACUCAGAUCGUUGUCGAAAGCUGUAGAGCUGAAAAAUUAAAGAUGAUGUAGGAUUAUCGAUCGAGGGAAGUGAAUGAAUAUUAGAAGAUAAAAGUGUGGAAGGUUGACAGCGACCAGAGGGAACUUCGGUACUGAAAAUUGUGACGGCGGUUAACAGUUUCCGACUGUCGACCGUGGAAAAUUGGUUCUUCUUAAGGCAACUGAAAUGGAAGGGUUUCUGCGUGUUCUCAAAGCCAAAAGGACAUCUGUUUGAGAUCGGUCACACACGACCUCUAUGCAAGCUUAAGAUUUUGGCUUGUUGCUUUUGAAUCUCACCAUGAAUGCAUGACACCGGCAUCGGCGUGCCUGCGGGGGGUGGUGUGCUAUUUUGAGGCCCGGUAUUUUAAAACCUCCCGACCCAUCUUCCCGCAGGAAGGGCUGCGUGACAGUACUGAUCGUCCGAGGAAAUCACCUUUACGGCUGUCACACUUCCAGCUACUGGUCGGGAAACAGGCAAAAUUUAGUGUAUGUGCACAUAUGUUGCGUUACUUCUAUCACCGAGUUAUUGGUAUGAUACAGCGAUUUGAUCUUCUAACUAGAAUCUACUGCCAUUCAUUUUAGAAAACUGAUACAGUCUAUGAGUAAAGUGCUGAUUUCUUGGGAGUGUUGUAUCACAACUGUAACCAUUGUCUACUCCAGCCUAUUAUUCUAAAGUUGACCAUAGAUGAAGGAAUCCUUGAACAACGGUAAAAAGAACCUUAAACCUUGCUGAAAAGUGCAUUGAUUAAAUUUGCUACACCAUUUCAGCUGUGUUCAAGCGUCAGUAAGGAAGGUUUGGAAACGAAAAUAAUUUUGGUUGCGAUAAAGCACCAGUAAAAUAAAAGCAACAGGGAAAUAAAGAUGGGUGAUCAAAAUUUCAGCAUUAGAAGAGGAUGCGAUCGUUUUUUAGCUAUCGUCCGGAAUCUUCAAGUAUUAGUUCAGGAAAUCACAAGAGAAGUCCGCAUAACUCAAACACCACUGAUCGAUGAAGCUUUUUUUUUAUCUCCACUUAAUCUUUUCAUCUUGUUGGUAUCCCAUCUAGUAGCAGUCGGCAUAGACGGUAUGUCUCAGUCCUUUUCAGGUACAUCAAAGUGUAAAACUGGGUGAUUGUGGUAGGAUGUAGUUCUAUAUUAGAUUUGUUCACUUGAUGAAGCGCAUAGUGAUACAGUACUAUUUACUUGAUAUCAGGUAAAUAAUGCUAUAUCACUGUGUGCUCUAUCAAGUAAACGGAUCUAAUAUGAAAUCUCUCAGUUACUUUUCCUACUUUACCUAGUAUAGUACACCUAGCCUCUAUAUUUCUCAACUGAUACUUUUUUCGCUUGAUGGUAGAAAGAAGGCAUCAUGCGAUUGGUAGAGUUUUAUUAGACUAACUCAUGCAACCCAAUCCGGUUUAUGCUUAUGUAGCAGGUUAUGAACCACACUUGUGUGAGACCUGGGUCAAAGUAAGUGGGGUUAGGGCUCACACAUUUCCCCAAAGUCUUAACCAAUCACCCAAACUUCUGUGUGCAAUUGAAGUUUUACCUACAUAACUUCCUGUGCUAGUUUGUCUAAUCAACAAGAAAUCGAACAAGAUCUAACCCGUUCGGAAGUCAGUCGAGUGUAUUACAAGUUUGAGUUACUUCUUGACUAGGGUGAAGUAGUGACUUAGAAACACUCUGGAAUUGCUCUUAUUAAUUCCAUUAACGUACGAGUUUUACUAUCGUUUUUACUGAUAAUAAUAUCAACAGCUUUUGGUUAUUAUUGGCUACCUGCUCAGUUUAAGAUUUUAUCGUAUUGGGUGUCGGUUGUUUUUACUAUACACAGAUGUCACUUGAACAGUAAUUAGAGUUUUAAUUUCCUAUCAUGAGAUCGUACCAUCUCACGACCACAGGCUAUCGCCCAUACCACUUCGGUCAUAAACUCUCUCAGUAAUCAUGACUAAUUGUUUGGUACACACCCUUGCAUAAUUUACGGUUAGAUCUACGCAGCUAAUGAGCUUGUAUUUCUCACUAGGAGGUAUGCCUUUUGGAAUGGGAGGAGCCGGUUUCAAUAUGCCGAAUCAGUCAUGUCCAGAUCUAGACUAGAUGUGUGAAUAAUAAUCUCAACCAUUUGGUAACCGGGUUUGGAGGCAUCCGUUACACAAACAUUUUUCUACAUUCAUGAAUAAAAAAAUAUUUCGCAUCAGU